GUCGGCGCCCAUUGUCUCGGUUUUUAAACCCACAAAUACAACCUGCGUGAGUCAAGAAGAAAAUUUUGAAUAAAGUGAAUACGUGAUGCAAAAUUAUUGGUAAACUGCUGCCAAUGAAAACUAACCCCGAAAGCUAGUAGUAGGGAGUAAAGAAGAACAAUACAUCACAAAAAUGAAUCGCAAUCGAAAAUCAGUGAGCAAGACACCAGUUCAAAAAACAAAUCUAUUCCAUUUUUUUCAACGCACGCCUGUUUCUGUUUCCUCAACGCAAUUAGAUGCGACUGAAUCGACAACGACACCAUCUUCAAAUUUACCAAACUCAUCUGCCACCCCAGUUAUUACAAGAGCCAGACCACCAAUAGAAUGCCCUGGCUGCAGCAAGAUUGUGCAAUAUUAUAAACUAAAUGAUCAUCUUGAUAAUGAGUGUAUUACCUCACUACAAAAUUCAUCUGGCAGCAGCCAAGAGAUAAGUCUGGCAUCAAAAACAAAAAUAAAUGACCUGGUUGUACCCGAAUUAGUUUUGACAACUCCUUCAAGUAUUACAACUAAGAAUGAAGAAAACAUAUUGAGUGUGUCAUUAGUAAAACUAGAUUUAAGUCCUUCUUCAACAUCAACUAUCACUAAAGAAGAGACAAAAGAUCCCUUACCGAUAAAUGAUGUUUUGCGUACUACUCCUUCAACACCUAAAAUUCAAAAGGAAGAAAGAAAGUAUUAUUCCACAUCAAAGAAAACUUUUGCCAGAAGACAGCAGAUUUCAGCACAGUUCAAGGAUCGUCUAAUGAAAACAGAUAACCAGAAAAACUCAGACACUACCAUCAACAAAUUUUCUGAUUGGUCUAAUAUUAAAAAGAAACUGUUUGUUGAUGAAGCAAAACCUACCAAGUUUGAAGGGCUUCCUUAUUAUCUGGAAACUUUUCUCUUUUUGCUAAAAACAACUUUUGAUGAACCCCUUCAUCAACACUUGUUUAAUGAAGAAGAUCACCAUACAUACAACCAAUUUAAAUGUUUAUCUUUGGAAGCACAAAAACUUUAUGCCAGGUUGUUUUCUAGAAAAUUUCAAUGGCGUAGAAAAGAAAAAAUAACAUACGGAGACAUCGCAGCCGAUUUGGGAAAUGCCUUAGCAGAGUUACGUUCGACGUCCUUUCUCCUUGGAAUAGACCAACUCGAUGAUUUACCAACACUUCUUAAACUACUCACACAGUUCGAACUUAAACAACUUUUUAAAGAGACAAAAAUUCCUUUUAAUGGAAAAGGAAACGCCACUGAGGCGUUACUGAAGCACUGCCGAAGCCAACCUUGUCUAUCCGGAAGUGUUCAGUCGAUGAAAGAUCGCAUGACGGCUAAAAUCAAACGUCAGUACGUCAAGGAAUGUUACAAGUUAAACGAGGAGACACGCCGCAUAUUCUUGCGUCUUAUCUUGCUAAGUACGCUCCAUCAGCGCCAGGAAGACGAAGAAGAAAAAGGACAGCAACAACAGAGUUUUAAAAUGCUUCAAGUCAAGAUUGGAGAAAAGUCCUAUCCGUCUUAUCGCAUCUUCAGACAAACAGCAAUAUUUAAACAGCGGGAUCACUUUCUUAAAUAUGGUGAAGCUUCUCUGCUGGAACUGCAGAUCAGAGAUUCUUACGAUAACAAGCAGUGGGAAGCUUUGGUAAAAAUGACUGAACCAAUUCAAACAACUUUUGAGGAGUAUUCAAAAGAUUAUCAUCGAGAUGAUCUCGAUUUACCUCUUUUUCUACGGAGAUACACAGCUGGUUCGAUUUAUGUUUACAUUUUCGACAAACGUAUUGAGGCUCUUCAAUGUUUGAAGAGAUACCGCGAAGCAGUUGAUCUCAUUAGGAUGUUAAUUAAUCAGAACGUUUACUUGCCUACCCAUCGAGGCUACUGGUACGAACGUCUCGCUUUAAAUUUGGAACAGCAUCUAAAAGAACCCUACGAGGCUUUCGAGAUGAUUAAGAAUGCAUUAAAUGAUUCGUGGGUUAGCCCAGCCCACAGAUUUGCACUUAGUCAGAGAGCCACGAGACUUUGUCAGUCACCUAGAUGGAAACAAAAGUUGGGACCUCUUCUUGACGCAUUACCUCUCUUAACAGCUGCGGAACCCCGUUGCGUGAUCAUCACUGGACGCUCUCUACCUAGAGACUUACCGGGACACAAGUCGAUGUUUAUCCGCGGAGAUUCCGAUGCCAAUAUGGAUGUUGGUGACAUUACGCUAUGCUCUGUGGAAGAGCUCGUUCUUCAGCACUAUAUGGAGAAUGGAUACACCCAUGGCGUUCACGGUGAAGGAUCUACGUUAUGGACAGUCAUUGGCCUGCUAUUUUGGGAUAUUAUUUACAAAUCUGAAAUUGCCGAUGUUUUCCUCAGUCAAUUCCAAGCCAUACCUCUCGAUUUUGAUACGCUUGAUUUCUAUCAGUCUCGCCAAUCAGCCAUAGAACAUCGUUUGGACCGCAUUCGCAACUGGUCCAGCUCUGAAAUAAUGGAAGAGAUUGCUAAAAUUUGGGACGAAAACCACGGUCAAACGUCACUGGUUUUUUGGGAUAGAUUUUGCGACUUGGACCACGUCGGCGGAUUAGUUCAGUGCAUAUCUCCACACACUUUAGCAGCCAUUUCACAGCGACUUCUCCAGAACUAUCGGCACUACAGAUCAGGAUUCCCUGACUUGACGGUAUGGAAUCCCAAAGAAAAGAAGUGGAGAAUAAUCGAAGUUAAAGGUCCCAACGAUCGCCUUUCUCCGAAACAAACUUUGUGGCUGGAUUUCCUUGUCUCGCUUGGGGUAGAAGCAGAAGUUUGUCACGUUCAAGCCGUUGGCGCUAAACGAAUGGGGGCUACUCCUCAGGUGACUGUCAAAAGCAAAUCCCCAAGAACAUUGGAAGAUGAAGAGGGACAUGGAAACGAAAAGGUUGUGCGGAAAUCCCGUCGCGUGAAAGCUAAAAUGGAUAAUAUAUAGAAUUAUUUUAUU